CUUUCCCAUUCGUCCAGAAACUACUCCCUCUCUUCUUCUUCCCCGCCAAUCCCUUUUCCUUCUUCCCUAAGCAAAAUCCCAAUUCCUCUUAACGACUCAUUUCCCUCCAAAUCCCUAGCCAUGCACGAGACCGACCUCCACGAUUUGUCCGACGACGCCGAUUACGCUGCCUCGAUCGAGCAAGCAUCAGCGAGCGUCAUGCUGACGAGAAGCGAGAGCGGGAAUAGGAGCCUUUCCAGCGAGACGGAAGGUGCUGAACUGAUCUAUUCCAAGGAUAAUGUCGCGAUUCACCCGACGCAGUUCGCUUCCGAGAGGAUCAGUGGAAGGUUGAAGCUGGCUAAGCAAGGCCAUUCAGUGUUUAUGACAUGGAUACCUUACAAAGGGCAAAGCUCCAAUGCCAGGCUUUCUGAGAAAGAUAGGAACCUUUACACACUCAGGGCUGUGCCUUUCUCGGACGUGCGCUCAAUUCGUCGACAUACACCAACUCUUGGGUGGCAGUACAUAAUUAUUGUUAUGUCUUCAGGACUUGCAUUCCCUCCUCUUUACUUCUACAAUGGAGGAGUGAAGGAGUUCUUCACUACAUUGAAGCAACAUGUUUUGAUUGUCAGGUCGUUGGAAGAUGCAAAUGUAUUCCUUGUGAAUGAUUUUCAGAAUCCUCUGCAGAGAACAUUGUCCUCCUUGGAGAUGCCAGGGGCUGUUUCCAUUGGAAGUGCACCAAGUACACCUGCUUCGGGUAGUCAUUUGACAGCCUUCACAGAUGGCGGUAAAACUAGUGAAGUUCUUUCUCAAAGCAUCUCAAGGAAUAGGCAGAAAGCUCAUGAUCCCGGCCGUGAUCUUUCUAUUCAUGUUCUCGAAAAGUUCUCUCUCGUGACCAAAUUUGCUCGAGACACAACAACACAACUAUUCCGUGAAAAUAGCAACGGUUUUAGUGCUCUCGAGACAAAAAGUUAUGGCAUUUCUCGCCCUCGGCCUGAUGCCCCUUACCAGGAAGAACCAGAAAAGAAGGUCCCUGAAGAAAUUCAUGUACCUUCAGAUCCUCUAGAGUUUGAUAAGCUGGCACUUGUUUGGGGGAAGCCGCGACAGUCUCCUUUAGGGUCAAUGGAGUGGGCCACUUUCUUAGACUCAGAAGGGCGAAUCACUGAUUCAAAAGAUUUAAGAAAGAGGAUAUUUUAUGGAGGAGUGGAGCACGCAAUACGGAAAGAGGUUUGGGCAUUUUUACUGGGAUAUCAUGAUUAUGACUCAACUUAUGCUGAGAGGGAGUAUCUCAAGUCGUCUAAGAGGACUGAGUAUAUGACAAUAAAGCAACAGUGGCAGAGUAUCUCCCCUGAACAAGCCAAGAGAUUUACUAAAUUUAGGGAACGGAAAGGACUUAUAGACAAAGAUGUGGUGAGGACUGAUAGAUCACUACCCUUCUACGACGGAGAUAGCAACCCGAAUGUGAAAACGCUACGCGAUAUUUUAUUGACGUAUUCAUUCUAUAACUUUGAUCUUGGCUACUGUCAGGGCAUGAGUGAUCUACUGUCUCCAAUUUUGUAUGUGACGGAGGAUGAAUCAGAAUCAUUUUGGUGCUUUGUUGAAUUGAUGGAACGGCUUGGGCCAAAUUUCAACCGUGACCAAAGUGGCAUGCAUGCUCAACUGUUUGCUCUCUCUAAGUUGGUAGAAUUAUUGGACCCCCCAUUGCACAACUACUUCCAGCAAAAUGAUUGCUUGAAUUACUUCUUCUGCUUCCGCUGGAUUCUGAUCCAGUUCAAGAGGGAGUUUGAGUACGAGCAAACAAUGUCCCUAUGGGAGGUGCUAUGGACACACCAUCUCUCCGAGCAUCUCCACUUAUACCUGUGCGUCGCAAUCCUGAAGCGGUAUCGCGGCAAAAUCAUGGGGGAGCAUAUGGAUUUCGACACACUGUUGAAGUUCAUCAACGAGCUGAGUGGCCAUAUUGAACUGGAUCCCUUUCUCAGGGACGCCGAGGCUCUCUGCAUAUAUGCUGGCGAGAAUGGUGCCGCUUCCAUCCCACCAGGUACUCCCCCCUCGCUGCCCAUCGAGAACGAGAAUAGCUUGCUUUAUUCCCUAGAGGACGAGGUUCUGUAAUCCAAUGCAAACAGAGAAUCAUGUUUUGCUUCCCUGUGUUUCCUGUGGAAGUUGAAUCUCUAAAUCCAUAAUUUUGUAUACUUGCUGGUAUUUUCACAGAGCAAUGUACAUAAUGUAAUCAUACUCAUAAGCUUUCAUUUUAUUUAAUCCCCUUUGUGAUUACAUCAUUUGCCCGAAAAUGGCCGAGUAGAAAGUUGUUCGAAAUUGGGGCUGUGAACACUAGUGACUUCUCAACUAACUAAAACAAGCUCAGGCGCUUUCGGUGACUUGUUUCGACUAGUUGAGAACCCAGGUUUCGUCCUUUUGAACCCCAUUACUGAAACACACACUAUUCUCUCAGCUUUACUCUUAGAUGAAUGCUUGGUUGAUGGCAAAGGGUGCCUCUCCGCCGAAUUCCAGAGUCUGGGAGAAGAGGAAGGGAUCGAAGUACGCCAUGAAAGGCUCCAUAUCUGAAACGAACGCCAUGUCGUUGGCUGCUGCUGGCACCGGCGUGUCAAUGUAGUAGUUCAUGUUCUGUGCAGCUUCAAUCCAAGCAUUCGUAGCAUCUGCCGCAGCAGCCAUAACAGCUUGGUUGCUCUGUUCUCCAAUGCUCACUACUGCAGGAUUGAUCGCCAUGGGACCGUUGCUGCGAGGUAAUUUCUUGGCGUUCGAUCUCUUCUUGCUGCUGCCACCGCGACCAAGAGCCUUGUUCAUAUGGGUGUUCCAGUAGUUCUUCACCUCGUUGUCUGUCCGCCCCGGUAGCCUCCCAGCAAUCAGCGACCACCUGCCAUUGCCAAGCGCAAUCAGAACGCGAAUCGAUUUGUGCAGUGAAACGCUUCGAUUCCUUACCGGUUCCCGACGAGCUUGUGCAUCCUGACGAUGAGGUCCUGCUCCUGCUCCGACAUCUCCCCGCGCUUGAUGUUCGGCCGCAGGUAGUUCUUCCACCUCAGCCUGCAGCUCUUCCCGCCUCGCUUCAGCCCCGACUUGGCAGAGACGGUAGCCCAGUUGCCUUCUCCGUGAGCCUCGACGUAGUUUCGGAGGACGAGGUCUUCCUCUGGCUUCCACAACCCUCUCUUUUUGGCCUGCCCUUUCUUCUCACCACCACCUUGUUUUACCUCCACAACCAUCUCUCUCUGUUUCUCCCUCAAGUCCUUUUCCUCUGCUUUCUCCGACCCUAAUUAUGGCAAAGAACCAGGCGAAAAGGUUUC